AUGAAGGCUCUAGUCGUCACCGAGGUGGGCAAGCCUCUCACGCUCAUCACGAACCGGCAAAUCCACCAUCCAGGUCCAUCUCAAGUGCAGAUUCGAGUGACGGUCGCCGGGGUGAAUCCACACGAUCAAAAAUGCCGCGACAGGGGCUUCUUAAUCGCUGAUCGCCUUCCCGCCGUCCUAGCCAACGACAUCGUCGGCCGGGUCACCGCCAGUGCUGAAGGAGUCGCGAAAUACUCACUGGGAGACCGCAUCUUCACCCAAGGCAGUUCCGGUUCCGGUUCUACCCAGAACGGGCUGCAGCAGUAUGCGUUGGUGGAUGUCGACUUCAGCGCCAAAAUCCCUGCCUCGAUCUCCGACGACGAGGCUGCCACUCUGCCCUCAAACCUCUUGGCUCCAGUGGUAGCAUUCUUCCACACAGACACGCUCAACUUCCCUCCGCCUUGGACCCCCGCCGCGUCGAGAUUCGACUAUGCUAGUCAGACGGUCUUGAUCAUUGGCGGGGGCAGCAAUUGCGGCAGGCUGGGCGUCCAAGUCGCGGCGCUGGCAGGGAUCGGGCGAAUUGUCGUUGUGGGCGGAGAGCAAGCCGAGCUGGAAUCCUACGGCGCGACGCACGUUCUGUCCCGGCACGGCAGUGAAGAGAGCAUCCUUGCCAGGGUUUACGACGUCGUAGGUGACGACCUCGUUUACGCCUACGACGCCGUCAACGAUCCAAGCGAGCAGCAUCUAGGCGUGAAUGCUCUGUCCUACACGGAAAGGGGGGCGCUCGCCCGCCUCGUGACUUCCGGCCCGCCUGAUGACACCAAGAUCCGGCCGAAGCCGGCGGGAUAUGAUGUCAAGAAUGUCUAUGGAAGCUCGCAUCUCUAUCGGGAGUUUGCAAGGCAAUUCUGGGACAUGCUCCCGGGUUAUCUUGUGGAUGGCAAGAUCAAGCCGUUAACGCACUUUGAGGUUUUCGAGGAAGGCUUGGAUGCGGACAAGGUCAAUGAGGUUUUGGAUGGGUAUCGAGAUGGGAAAAGAGUCGUGCAGCCUCAUUUUCAUGUUUCCGCUGGAUGA